AUGUCAUUUGAAAAAAUAAAUCUUGUAUUAAAACAAAUAUCAUCAUCGAAUUCUUAUUCAUCUAUUCGUUUAUUAAUUGAAGAAUAUUUUUUUGAUAAAAAUGUCCAUUUAACAUCAAUUGAACAAGAAAAAUUAGUUCGUUUAUGUUUAAGAAAAUUACCGGAUUGGUUUUCUCAAACACCGGAACAAAUUAAAGAUAUAAAAUUAAAUUUUCAUAAAUAUUUUCUACAAACACCUAUUCUAUUAAAACAAAAACAAUUAAUUGAUUUAAUUAUAAAUGAAUUUCAAACGAAUUUAAAUGAUUAUUUUAUUUUUUUAUUAAUUGAUAUUUAUGAAAAAAAUUAUGAAAAAUUAUUAAAUGAACUUGAACAAGAUAAAGAUAUUGGAUAUAUUAUUCAUUUACCUGAUCGAAUUAGUAAUAUUUGUAUGACAAAUAUUCCAAUAUGUUUUCAAAGUAAAAUUUAUUUUCAUCGUUUAAGUCAAUAUAUUCAAGAACAAUUAAUUACAUAUCAUUAUCCAAAUAUGGUUGCACAAAUUGAUACAAAUAUUAAUUUUCUUUGUCAACUUGUUCAUAGAGCAGCAAAAUUAGGUCAUACUGAAUAUAUUUGGCGUCCAUUAUAUAAAAAUUUAUUUCUUAAAAAAUGUUCGAAUGAUCCUCUUUGGUUACGAUUAGCUCAAUAUUUUCUUUUGGAAACAAUUGAUGAUAUUCUUUUAUAUACAAUACAACAUGGUAAUGCUAAUAUUCUUGAUUUAUUUCUUAGUGAUCGAAUUCUUCAUUUACCGUUAUUACAAACAUAUCUAACAGAUACAUUACUUUUUCGUAAACAAUUAUCAAUAGAUAUUGUUCAAACUAUUCUUAUUUAUUUAACAAUGUCAAUAAAUCGAACAGAACAAUGUUUUGAAAAUACAUUUAUACGUUUUUUACAAUUAUGGUCACAAGAUAGUUUUAUUCGAUUUUCUUCAAAUAAUCAACAUCUAUAUAUAUGUCAAUGUAUAUGUAUUUGUUUAUCACUUAAUAAACAAAUACAAACGAAUAAAGAUAAAGAUCAAAUUCUUCUAUGUAUAUUAAAUGGUAUUCGUAUACAUAUUGAAUCAACAUUUGAUUAUAUUCGACGACGUGGUCAAUUUAUUGGAGAAUUAAUUAUUGAACGUAUUAAUUUAUUUUCACAAUCAACUCAACUUCAAUUUAAUACAUAUGAUAAAAAUCAUCCAGAAAUACAAAUGUUAAAAAAACUAGCUGAAAUAAAUCAUUCAUAUAUUGAUAGAGAAUUAUCUGAUGAUGAACAAGAAGAAAUUCCAGCAAAAAAAGAAUCGAUUGUAUCAAUUCCUGAUAAGCCAAUAUCAUCAAAUACUGUUGUUCUUCGCGAAGCAUCGAUUGAUGAUGACGACGAUGAUAGUGAAUUUGAAUCAUAUGAUUACUCCCAUGACACUGCUAAAUCUGAUGUACAAAAGCCAACUUAUAUUCGAACAUGUCUAGCUGAUUUAAUUGCAACGGAUAAAGUUUCUCAAUUGGAAGCAGCUUUACAUGUCUUACCAUCAUUAAUUGAAAUAUAUAAAAUUGAAUGUGAAGAAGUUGCUUUAGAAAUUGUUCGAAUUUUAUUAAAUUAUAAUAGUACAUUUAAUAUAGAAAAUUUUCAAGAAUUACAGUUGAAUGGUUUAAUAACAUUAUGUAAAACUUAUCCGUUAUUAAUAAGUGAUUAUUUAUGUAAACAAUUCUAUGAAAAAAAUUAUACUAUUAAUCAACGAAGUCUUAUACUUAAAACAAUACAAGAAACAGGAAAAAAAUUAUCUGAAAUUGAUCAAAUUCAAACAAAAAUUCAAAAUGAAUUAUUUGUUUCUGAUAAUGAUGGUGAUGAUGAUGAUGAUGAUGAUGAUAAUGAUUCAUGGCAAUCAACUAUUAAUAAACGUUUAAAAUUAAAAACAAAAUAUAAAAUAAAAAACCAGUCAAAAAAACAAAUUUUAUUUAAAGAAAAUUAUUUUGGAAAUAUUGUUGGACAUUUUUUCUAUCCAUUAAUAUCAUUUAUAGAUACAACAACACCACAUCUAUCAUUAAUUAAUAAUGAUAAUGAUCAUUUAUUAUUAUGUGAACUUUUAGCUUGUUUAGGUCGUUUAUGUAUUAAUGCACAAAAUACAUUACCAUUAAAUAAUAUGAUUAAACAAUUUUUACAAGUACUUAAAUUAUUACAACAACAUGAAGAUGCUGGUGUACGUCAUGCUGUUAUAUAUGCAUAUGCAUGUUGUCUAGUUUCAAUUGGUAGUACAUGUCAUGACGAAGAUUUACAAGGAAAUUUUAUUGAAUUAAAACAAUGGUUAGAUUAUAUUAUUAUUAAAGAUACAAAUACUGAAGUACAAAAACUAGCAAGAUCAGUACGACAAAUUUUAUUAAAAACUCUACAAGAAAUGACUCAAAAUGAAUAG